GUUAACUACCCGACUGACUCAGAGUGUGUGUGUUUUCCAGGCGGUCGAUGCUGUGCUUUCUCUCCUGACGGAAAGGCGUUGGCGGUUGGUCUCAGUGAUGGCGGCGUGCUGGUGGUGAACGCAGACACGCUGGAGGAUCUCCUGGGCUUUCAUCAUCGCCGCGACACCAUCUCUGACGUCCGCUUCACUCCAGACUCGGGCAAAUUCCUGGCGGUGGCAUCACACGACAGCUUCGUGGACAUCUACAAUGUGCAGAGCAGCAAGAGAGUGGGGAUCUGUAAAGGAGCGUCCAGUUACAUCACGCACGUCGACUGGGAUGCUCGAGGUAAACUACUGCAGGUGAACACAGGAGCCAAAGAGCAACUUUUCUUCGAAGCCCCGAGAGGAAAAAGACAAACCAUCAGAAACACUGAGCUGGAGCGGAUCGAGUGGUCCAGCUGGACGUGUGUUCUGGGUUCGAGCUGUGAGGGAAUCUGGCCGACGCACAGCGACAUCACCGACAUCAACGCCACGUCGCUCACCAGAGACCGAGCGCUGCUCGCCACCGGGGACGACUUCGGCUUCCUCAAACUGUUCAGCUACCCGGUUCGAGGUCAGUACGCUCGUUUUAAGCAUUAUGUGGGCCACAGCGCGCAGGUGACCAACGUCCGCUGGGCUCAGGACGACUCCACCCUGCUGACGGUGGGCGGGGCCGACACCGCCCUGAUGAUCUGGGCGAGGGAGCGAGGAAGUGGGUUCGGUGGAGAGGGGGAGGGGCCUUUGUGUCGAGACAACCGACCGCUCGUGGACAGCGAGGAGUCGGAUGACGACAUUGAGGAGGACGGAGGCUACGAUAGUGACGUUGCCCGGGAGAAGACGGUGGAUUACACCACUAAGAUGUACGCUGCCAGCCUCAGAGAGAUGAGAGGAACCAAACCUCACCAACAGCUGAAGGAGCUGUCUGCCGAGGAGAGGCCUCCAGUGAGUCGAGCAGCGCCACAGCCAGAGAAACUUCAGAAGAACAACGUCUCCAAGAAGAAGAGACUGGUCGAGGACCUGGUUUUAGAUCAUGUGUUUGGUUUUCGGGGCUUCGAUUGUCGUAACAACCUGCACUACCUCAACGAUGGCACCGACAUCGUCUACCACACUGCCGCCACCUGCAUCGUGCACAGUCUCAGCAACGGAACUCAGAGUUUCUACCUGGAGCACACUGAUGACAUCCUCUCUCUGACCGCCAACCAGCACCCGAAAUACAAAAAUAUCAUCGCCUCUGGACAGAUCGGUGACGUCAGUGAACUCCCAGGCACCACUCCCUCGAUCCAUGUGUGGGAUGCGAUGAGUAAACAGACGCUGUCCAUCCUUCGCUGUCCUCACACCAAAGGCGUCGGCUACGUUAACUUCAGCGCCACAGGGAAGCUGCUGCUGUCUGUCGGAGUGGAACCUGAACACACCAUCACUGUGUGGCGCUGGCAAGAAGGAUCCAAGGUGUGCAGUAAAGCUGGACACCCGGACCGGAUCUUCGUGGUGGAGUUUCGUCCAGACUCGGACACCCAGUUCGUGUCGGUAGGAAUCAAACAUGUGAAGUUCUGGACUCUAGCCGGAGGCGCUCUGAUGUACAAGAAGGGCGUGGUAGGAACGGUGGAGGACGGCAGGAUGCAGACAAUGCUGUCUGUCGCCUUCGGUGCUAAUAACUUGACAUUCACCGGCGCCAUUAAUGGGGACGUGUACGUGUGGAGGGAUUACUACCUGCUGAGGGUGGUGGCGAAGGCUCAUACAGGGCCAGUCUUUACCAUGUACACUACGCUGAGAGACGGACUCAUCGUGACCGGUGGCAAGGAGAGGCCGACUAAGGAGGGCGGUGCGGUGAAGCUCUGGGAUCAGGAGAUGAAACGUUGUCGAGCGUUCCAGCUGGAGACGGGACAGCAGGUGGAGUGUGUUCGAUCAGUCUGCAGAGGCAAGGGUAAGAUCCUGGUGGGGACGAAGGACGGGGAGAUCAUCGAGGUGGGGGAGAAGAACGCAGCGUGCAACCUGCUGCUGGACAGUCACGCUCGGGGAGGAAUCUGGGGUCUGACCGCUCAUCCUGCUAAAGAGCUCUGCAUCACCGCCAGCGACGACGCCACCAUCAGACUGUGGGACCUCACUGACAAAAAACUGUUGAACAAGGUGUGUGUUGGCCACGCAGCCCGGUGUGUGAGCUACAGCGCAGAUGGAGAGAUGCUAGCGGUGGGGAUGAAGAACGGCGAGUUCCUCAUCCUCCUCUCCAACUCGCUGAAGAUGUGGGCGAAGAAAAGAGACCGCAGCGCCACCAUCCAGGACAUCCGGUUCAGUCCAGACCGGCGGCUGUUGGCUGUCGGUUCGGUGGAGAACACGGUGGAUGUGUACGAUGUGAGCGGGGGGCCAAGUCUGAACCGGCUGGUUUACUGCAGCGACAUCCCUGCUUUCAUCCUGCAGCUUGACUUCUCUGCUGACAGCUGUUAUAUACAGGUGUCCACAGGAGCUUAUAAGCGACAGGUGUUUGAAGUUCCUUCAGGGAAGCUGAUGAGCGACCAGACCAUAAUUGACAGAAUCACAUGGGCAACCUGGACCAGCAUCCUGGGAGAUGAAGUGUUGGGAAUAUGGCCGCGAAACGCAGACAAAGCUGAAGUCAACUGCGCGUGUGUGUCUCACGCCGGCCUGAACAUUGUCACCGGCGACGACUUUGGAUUGGUCAAACUGUUCGACUUCCCCUGCACAGAGAAGUUUGCCAAACACAAGCGCUACCUCGGCCACUCGCCUCACGUGACCAACAUCCGCUUCUCCCACGAAGACAGAUACGUGGUCAGCACAGGAGGAGACGACUGCAGUGUGUUUGUGUGGAAAUGCCUGUAAACGCUGAGACUUCUGCCGUCUGGUGACGCUUUUAUUUAAAGCGCCUUAACUGCACCACAAGUGGAUCCAGAGGGAGUCAAACCCACGACCCGAGCGUAUUCGCACCUGUUUGUUCGACAGUGAGUUUCGACGGUAGAGAUGGAGGAAGACUCUCUGUUGACUGCUGCAACACAAAGCCGACUUCAGUGAUUAGGUGAGAUGUUUAGAUUUGGUUGGCUUCAGAUUUUUUUGUGAUGAGGCAGGAAACCACAGACUGCAGCCAAACACAUGAGACGCUUCAUGAUGGAUCACAUGACCCUGAACAAACCACGAGGAGACGUAAAGACGCAAAAGAAUCAUUCACUUUUUAAGGAAACAUCAGAUGUUUUUUCUUGGUCUGAACAACUGCUCAUUUAGAAGCCAACCAGCUUUGAAACAUAAGUCAUGUGACCACACUACCACAGCAGUGAAGGAGAGGUUUAAUUCUGCAUAAAGCAGUAAAUCACCACCCCAUCUCCUGCUACCCAGAAGGCCUUGCACAGGGUCAUUGUUGUACUCGGUGCAACGAGGAUGGCAAACAAACUGCACCUCCAGGUCAUUCAAUAAUCAUGUGACCAUCAGGAGUCACAGAGUGUCAAACAUAAAGAGAAAAAGGUUCAACACAACAACAUUUUGGAUUUUCAUAAAGAAAAUCUAUUUUCUCUCAAACAAACCUUUUGAAACAUUGAGUGUUUCCUCCUGUCCAGGGGUCAGAUGCAUAAAACUUUGUACACACAAGACAGAAAUAUGUAUUCGUCUGAUGUACGAAGCCGUGCGCACGCAUUGUUCUGUUUUAUGAAUCUCAGUUAUUGUGGAAAUGCUCAUUUCCACUCCCAACGUGAGCCUUCGAUAUAUGACAAACUUCAAUAAAGGACUGCUUCAACUUUAAACAAUACUGACAUGACUGUAUGUUCACUGAAAGGGUUACUGAGUGCUGGAAUUAUUCCUCCUGUUCAAACGUGAAAUUAAAAGAUCUCUUCCUAACGCACUUUCAAAUCCACCAAGUUUAACCAAAGAUAAAAUGAGGCGUCAGCAGACUGAGUGAGACUAAUCAUAUUAAAAAAAAUUCAUGUAGCUGACGCUUUUAUCCAAAGCGAAUUACAACUGCUAUACAAGUAAGAGGUCGCACGAGUCUGGAGCAACUAGGGGGUAAGUGUCUUGCUCAGGGACACAUUGGUGGAUGUGUCACAGUGGGAAUCGAACCCAGGUCUCUCACACCCAAGGAAUGUGUCUUAUCCACUGCACCGUCACCAUCCUUAUUCUUUCAUCAUGUGGUUAGGGUCAUGAAACAUCAAUGAUAGCGAAUAGAAUUCAGUCAAAUAAUAUAUAUAUUUUUU